AGGACAGUAAAUUUAUGGAAAUAGACAAAUCAAACUCUGUGUACGCAGCUCAGCAUGAACACCUUGCCCUGAUCCAGAGACUGUCUCGAUCAGAGAAUGUGCUCUACGGGACAAACCUGGAAAACCUUUCUGCUGGGAUGAUGAGUAAAUCUUGUGAUAACCUCAGUGUGGAAAUCAGCAACAGGGCUAGAGACAAAAGUAAUCUCGGCAGAUCCACAUCAGGGCUAUCUCAGUCAGAAAUGCACAUCAAUCUGAACGGAAAGCAAAGGAGUUACGACUACCUCUCUAUCCACUCAACUCAGAACACAAGCAGCGCACCUGGAUCACCAGUCAUCCAAAGAGAACUUUUGCUAAGUGGUCUAGAAAGAGAAAUCGUUUGUGUCACCCUAAAACGUGAUGCCAAGAACGGUUUUGGUUUUGUAAUUAUUGGAGGAGAAAACAUAGGAAAAUUAGACCUUGGUAUCUUUAUUGCUUCAAUUAUUCCUGGGGGACCUGCAGACAAAGCUGGAAAUAUCAAACCAGGGGGACGACUCAUAUCUGUGAAUAAUAUUAGUCUCGAAGGUGUUUCGUUUAAUACUGCCGUAAAAAUUAUACAGAAUUCUCCUGAUGAAGUGGAACUUAUCAUCUCUCAACCCAAAGACAAUGGGAGAAGAAAGAUUCAAGAUUGUCAUACUACUCCCUCCAAAGAACAGGACGUAAACAUAGAUGAACUUGAGAAAGCCCUUUCCUGGAAUUUAGCACCAAAGUCGGGCCCCAGGAUUCCAGUUCUUUCAGUUGACAACCUAGACGUGGAGGGUGGAGUUAACACUAGUGUGCGUCAUGGUGGAAUAUACGUGAAGUCCAUUAUUCCCAGGGGACCAGCAGAUAAGGAUGGACAAAUAAAGACAGGUGAUCGUCUGCUGGAAGUAGACGGAAUGAGCCUCUGUGGUAUCACACACAAGCAGGCUGUGGAAAGACUUAAGAAAUCUGGUCAGAUUGCCAAGCUUGUUCUAGAACGGGGACACAACCAAUUGGCAGAUCUGUGCCCGACAGCUAAGGCCAGAAAGGAGGACCAAUGUGCAGUUGUUCCUGUAACAUCCCUCACAGAUGGUGGCAAGAACUACUCCUUCGUGACAGAUGGUAAGAGAUUUGAAGUCAAACUGACAAAGAAUUCGGGAGGCCUUGGCUUCAGUUUUCUGCAAAUGGAAACAGAUGCCUGUGAACACCUUGGAGGAGCCAUCGUCAGGAUCAAAAGACUCUUCCCAGGGCAGCCAGCUGAAGAGAAUGGACAAAUUGAAGUCGGAGACAUCAUUUUAGCUGUGAAUGGGAAACCUAUUCAAGGUCUCCUGUAUCAGGAUGUCCUUCACUUGUUGAGAGGGGCGCCUCCGGAAGUGACACUUCUUCUCUGCCGACCACCGAAAGGAGUUCUUCCAGAAAUAGAGCCGAGCACUCUGACUCCAGCACCAUCUCCAAUUAAGGAAUUUGUGGCCACUCCAGAGAUAGGAUAUAGUAUGGAUCAAUCUACUAGUGAUGGCGGUAGCACCUCUCCAGAACUGGAAGACUGCCUGGAUUCUCCAGGGGCAGCAGAUUUCAGCGAGCCGCAGGAAGAGGACAGCUCGGCUAAUGAGGAGCAAGAAGCAGAGGCUCAACAGAAGCCUGCACAGACCCUUACGCCUCCCAGGGAAAGCUGCUACAGGCACCUUUGGAAGUUUCAGCAAGAUGCUGCCAGUGCUGAAAUGUUCCAGUCCCUAGAGGAAGAGGUGAGGCAGAAUUGCUGCUCCCCACAAGAAUUUGGAUGGGCCAAAAGCCCUGUAUUUAAUAAGAGUGAUGAUGACCUAUCCAAAACAAAUCGCAUGCCUGAAAUUCUCUCUCUAACCCCUAUUGAUGAAGAGUGUCUCACCAUCAGCUCAACACCUGAGACCUUGCUUUCCCGGGGAGGAAGCACUGAGACACUGUCCUCAACCACAGUCACCCCACAGCCCCGUGGCCCUUUCCCAUCCUCCCGACCUGCUGGAGCGCCAGGUGACAGUGACAACGAAUGGGAAGAGUUGGAGGAACUGGAGGAGGAGGAGAAUGCAGAGGAGGAGGAUGGCUCUCGGGAAAUGGAGGUCUUUGUGACUCUGCAGAGGUCAGAGAACGGUGGUUAUGGAUUCUCAGUGGUUUUCAACAAACGAGACAACUGCCUGUAUGUUGAUGAGAUCUUGAAUGAUCCUGCCCUGUCUGAUGGAAGGCUGAGAAGGGGAGACAGAAUCAUUAUGGUGAAUGGAGUUGAUGUCACACUAUUACCAUGCAGUGAAGUCCUGGCUUUACUGCACAGCUCUCCUCCUGAUCUGCACCUUGUGGUUGGCCGUGCUGAUAAUGAUCCAUGUCCCUCCAUUAGACCAGAUGAGAUUCCUGAAAUUACCCUUACAAAAGGUGCCAAUGGACAACUAGGCUUGAAACUGACAGGAGGAGCUGGAAGCAAGCUGCAAGGUAUUUAUGUGCUGGAGAUAGUGCCUGGCUCUCCGGCCAGCAUGGAAGGCAGCCUGCAGCCCCGGGACCAGAUUCUCUACAUCUGUGGCCUGUGGACUGAGGGCAUCAGCCUGGAUGAUGCUGUGAGAGUGUGUGAAGCUGCCACCCAGAGCGUCCGCAUCAGAGCAACAAGAAAUGGCAAUCCAGUUGUUCCCAUAGAGCAAGAAAAUAGGCCACCUGUGGAGACAGAGGAAGACAAUGUCUCUUUCUCAAAUGAAAAUCUGAAUCCACAAGAAGAGCAUCUACCUGAUCAGCAUGAGAAACAUUUGGAGGAAGCAAAUUCUGGUGAUGAUCAAAACGCUUCUGAUUCCUCAGAGCAUAAAGACUUUAUCAUUAAGAUUGAGUUGGAAAAAGCAGAAAAUGGGAGCCUAGGAUUUGCACUGGUAGGUGGAAGAAAUGGCAGGGCUAUCCUAAUAAAAGCCAUCAGCCCAGACAGCAUUGCAGAUCUAGAUGGGAGGCUUCAAGUUGGUGACAUCUUGCUGAAGGUGAAUGAGACGUUAGUGUCUGGUCUGCCACGUCAAACUGUUAUAGAUCUGCUACGCAAGGCCCGAGGCACCGUUCAGCUCACGGUCUGCCGGAGCAUGGCUCUGCGUUGGGCUUAUUCAGGCAACCAGAGCAACAGCACACCUUCCCCCCAGGCCACACCAGCACAGCCUGACGACCCCAGUACUGAGGGAAACACAGGAGCUCGGCCUGUUUCCGCUUUCAAAGAAGAGGAGGAAUGUGGCCAGAUGGGCAGUCAGGAUUCCAAAAGUAGACACAGUUCCCUUCUGCAAAGUCAGCUGGCUGGACCAGAAUAUCCAGAUAUUGCCACCAAGAAUUCAGAUAGUUCUACUUUCUACUUGAAAAAGCUCUAG